UCACGUCUGUCAUGGGUGAAAGGGUCACUGAACUGAUCUUUCCCGACAGCAAAUGGUUUUGCUAAAGUGCUGACCGCUGCCAGAAUAUGUUGCACUCCCCCAUGUGAAGUAAGUGUAACUGUGCUCUGGCUCCUCCUAUGGUAUCCUAAACGUCUGCCUAAAAUCCACCAUAAAGAGGAAGUGCAGUAAUUGCUCUCUUUGAAAUCCGCACUGGUGGACUUGUUGCUGCCGAGGCAUUGCAAAAAAUAUAUAUUUUUUUCUGUUGGCAAAUAAAGGUCAAUGCACUAAACUACAAUGGCAAAUAUGAAUAACCUGUGGAAUCCAGCAGCUUUAAAAGAUAAUGCCUAUAUAUCAAAACGAAGUAUUAGAAAGAUUCUCAUCAGCAAGAGGCAUUAUCUGCCUAAGGAGAGUAACAUUGCUGACACCAUGAAAAUGAGUCUUAAUCUACAUACUGAAGAGGAUAUCAGCACUUCUACUUGUUGUGAUGAAAGAAAAAACAAUAAGACAAGAAUCCAAGAGAUGAUUACUAAGAAUUCAAUAACUGAAGCUUCAUGCCACCUUCAUGUGAAAAGAUCCCCUGGAAAGGAAAGCAGAGUGGAUGAAGCUGACGUGGAGGCUGAGUCUGCAUCUGAUCAUAAUUCCCAACUGAAUCAUGAGAGCUUGGAAGCGACCAGCAUCACCAACGCAAAAGUGAAACAGGAGAUGGAUAUCACUACUCCAUGUGAACUGGCAACGGUUCCAAGAAAUCAGCACGAAGCUGCGGCGGACGAAUGUGAGUUGGAGGGAAAUGUAGCGGACAACCUGAAAUCUUCACAGAAGCAGGUUUUAAAAAAUCAGGUAGUGUUUGCGACCCUUAAGAAGCGAGGAAUGGAGGGAAGCACGGAAAACCGUCCACACAAGUGCACUUACUGCAACUGGGCUUUUAAAAAGUCCAGCAACCUGUUGAGCCACAUCGAUACUCACCGCGGUCUUAAACCGCACGUUUGUGACUUGUGCGGGAAGGCCUACUCGCACCAGGGGACUCUGCAGCAGCACAAGCGGCUACACACGGGCGAAAGACCUUACCAGUGCCCGUUUUGUGAGAAAAACUACAUUUGGUCCUCUGACUUCCGCAAACACAUCCGAACGCACACCGGAGAAAAGCCAUACAUCUGCGAGGAAUGCGGCAAGGACUUUGUGCGCUCCUCUGACCUGCGGAAACACGAGCGCAACAUGCACACCAACAACAAGCCGUUCCUCUGCAAGAAAUGCGGCAAAACCUUCAACAAACCCCUGUCUCUUCUCCGCCACGAGCGUACGCAUUUGGGCGAGAGGCCAUUUGUUUGUCCGGAGUGCGGGAAGGCGUUUGCCCUGGCCAGUCGCAUGACAGAGCACAGGAAAAUCCACAGCGGAGUGCGUCCCUACACCUGCUCUAUUUGCUCCAAAGGUUUCACUAAGUCCUCAAAUCUCGCCGAACAUCUCACAGUUCACAGUGGAGUGCGGCCACACAAGUGCUCAGAAUGUGGGGUUGCAUUCGCCAUGGCGUCCCGACUGGUGCGACACCAGCGUAUUCACGCAGCUGUGCAGUCUUACUGCUGCCAGCGGUGUGAUAUGUCGUUUGGCCACCUUGCAGCACUCAAGAGGCACGAGAAGCAGCAUGGGGAAGGCAUGAUCUUUGUAUGUGGGCAGUGCAGUAAAUCUUUCCCUCAGGAUUCCCUGCUCACAGAACACUUGCAGAGCCACGCUAAUGCUAAAACUUGCGUUCCUACCCAUUUCACACUGAAGUAACUGGAAGUUUGUAAGUUAGCCUGGGUUAUUUUCUCUAUCUAUCUAUCUAUCUAUCUAUCUAUCUAUCUAUCUAUCUAUCUAUCUAUCUAUCUAUCUAUCUAUCUA